CGGAACUCUUAGCGUCUGUUCAGCCCGGACCAAUGAAAGCGCUGCACACCAGAGAUGCAUGGCGUCCUUCCAUAACAGGCGUCCGUUAGGUCAAACAUAUUUAUCACUUUCACAUCUUUUUUUCAUGGUCUUGUAAGGAACAUUUGUGCUCAAUGGCGGCCAGGACUUCGUGUCGACAUUUCCAGCGCCGUUUUGCUUCAGCGGCGGCGGCCGCUCUUCGCCCGACGCCCGCUGAGGUCUGGCAGCAGCGCAGCGCCGUGUUCUCCCGGGAGCAGGCGCGGCAGAGGGCUCUGUACCCCCGCGUGGAGAAGAUCGAGGUGUCCAUGGAGGGUCCGGGUCUGGACGGGAGCCUGCUCAUCAUGAACAGAGGGACGUCCACGCCGCUCAGCUGCGCCAGACAUCUAACGGAGCAUCACGUGACCAACUCGGCGCUGGCGCUGGUGGACGGAGAGCCGUGGCCUCUGCACAAGGCGCUGACGCACUCCUGCUCGCUGCGCCUGCUGACGUUCAGAGACGCCGAUCCUACGCCCGUCAACCAGGCGUUUUGGCGUUCCUGUGCCGCUCUGCUCGGGCAGGUUCUGGAGACGGCCUUCAAGGAUGAGUUCUGGGUGGAGCUGCUGGACUCUCCAGAACUUCCAGUCACCUCGGGAGCCUUCUGCUGCGAUGUCGCCCUGGACCCGCAGCUGGAUUCCUGGAGUCCCUCUGAGGAGUCUUUGCGCUCUCUGACCCGAGCGGCCCAGCAGCUGAUCCACCAGGACCUUCCCUGGGAGCCUUUGGAAGUGUCGCCCUCUGUGGCCUUGGAGGUCUUCUCACACAGCAGGAGUAAGAAGGAGGAGGUGGAGCGGAAAGCCUCGCAGAGCUCCGGAGGAACCGUGACGCUCUACAGGUGUGGGGGUCAUGUUCUGUUGAGUGGGGGCCCCCUGGUGGCCAGAACGGGGCUGUGCUCCCAGUAUGAAGUAACGGCCCUGUAUGAAUGCGGUCGGGGGCCGUGGGGGCUUCAGCGCAGAGUUCAGGGUUUGUCUUUGCCCCUGCAGCUGCAGGCUCACCACACCGUCUGGAGGAAACUGAGGGAGCGGGCCCAGAAACCGGUGAGAGUCACAGAACCCGAGGAAGUGACCCCGCCCUCGUCGCCACCGCCGCCGCCUUCCAGCGAGUUAAACCCCUAAAAAAGGCUCGACUGACCAUCGGUUGUUCAAUGAACUUCCUGAAUUGUCUCCUUCCGUCAUUUUCUUGCUCCGUACUGAAGCAAGAAAACGUCAGAAAGAAACGUCCCUCAUAAAAGUAACAUCUUCUUGUUUCCAAUAAAAGGUUUAAAAUCGGC